AUGGACAUGGAGGGCAUGGGCAGCUAUUCCCUGGAGCAAGUUCAAGCUUUCUAUUCAUUUCCAUUUUAAUAAAUGAUGGCUGAAGCUCCUCACAUGGCAGUCACAACUGAACAGCAGAUGCUGAUGCCAGUAGAAGCUCCUGCCGAGGAGCCUGUACCAGAGGCUCCAAAAAGAAGAAAAAGGAGAACCAGAGCAUCAGAACCCAAGGACCCAGUGGAACCCAAGAAAACUGCUGAGUCAAAAAAAUCUGGCAAGUCCACAAAAUCAAAAGAGAAGCAAGAAAAAAUCACUGACACCUUUAAAGUGAAAAGAAAAGUGGACCGGUUCAACGGCGUUUCUGAAGCGGAGCUUUUGGCCAAGACUCUCCCUGAUAUUUUGACCUUCAAUCUGGACAUUGUUAUCAUUGGCAUUAACCCAGGAUUGAUGGCUGCUUACAAAGGGCAUCAUUAUCCUGGACCUGGAAACCAUUUCUGGAAAUGUCUGUUCAUGUCAGGGCUGAGUGAGGUUCAGCUGAAUCACAUGGAUGACCACACCUUACCCAGGAAGUAUGGCAUUGGAUUCACCAACAUGGUGGAAAGGACAACGCCAGGCAGCAAGGAUCUGUCUAGUAAGGAAUUCCGGGAAGGAGGGCAAAUCCUAGUGCAGAAACUGCAGAAAUACCAGCCACGCAUAGCAGUGUUUAAUGGAAAAUGUAUUUAUGAAAUUUUCAGUAAAGAAGUGUUUGGAGUAAAGGUUAAGAACUUGGAAUUUGGGCUUCAGCCCCACAAGAUCCCAGACACAGAAACUCUCUGCUACGUCAUGCCAUCUUCCAGUGCCCGAUGUGCUCAGUUUCCUCGAGCCCAGGACAAAGUUCAUUAUUACAUUAAGCUGAAGGAUUUACGAGAUCAGCUAAAAGGCAUUGAGAGGAACACAGACGUCCAGGAGGUACAGUACACGUUUGACCUGCAGCUGGCACAAGAGGAUGCAAAGAAGAUGGCUGUUAAGGAAGAACAGUGUGAUCCCGGCUAUGAAGCAGCGUAUGGCAGUGCUUAUGGUGAAAACCCAUGUAAUAGUGAACCUCGCAGCAUUUCUUCAAAUGCGCUAACAGCUGACAGUGGGGAGCUGAGAGGAGAAGCGGCCCCUGGUGAUGCUCCAAAUGGGCAGUGGAUGACACAGUCAUUUAUAGACCAGAGCCCAUCUUUUAAUAAUUGUGGGACCCACGAACAGGAAGAAGGAAGCCAUGCUUAA